AUGUAUCCCAAUGAGUAUUUUAAUAACGGCGAACUAACACGAAUAAUCAGGGAGUAUUGGAUGGGUAUGCAUCUGUAUUGGAUCACAUUAUUGACAAAACCAAUAGUAAAAGAAACGAAUCCAUCAGAAGGUAACAAGAAUAGUGUGAAGACUAACGAAGAGAACAAACCAGAUCAAGGUUCAAAACAAACGGAUGAGCAGAAACCAAGAGAAAAAGUUAAAAGGAAAAAUAGCAUGGAUGGUUGGCGACCAACCUUUUCAGAACAAAGUAACAUCGAUGUUAAAGACUAA